UCCAUUUCUUUCCCACACAAUUCACAAAAACAGAAUUUCUUUCUAGUGCAAACAAUACUCCUUUGAUUAUAAAACAGAGGUUUUUCGAUGGCCUAUAAAAAAUCAAACAGGUUGUCACAGGCCGCGUUGAUCAAGCAGAUCAUGAAGAGAUGUUCGAGCAUGAAAAAAAGACAAGGCUACGACGAAGAAGGCUUUCCGGUUGACGUGCCAAAGGGCCACUUUGUGGUGUAUGUUGGUGAAAACAGGACGAGGUACAUUGUCCCGAUUUCAUUCCUGAAUCAUCCCGAGUUUCAGAACCUUCUGCAGCAAGCGGCUGAGGAGUUCGGGUUUGAUUACGACAUGGGCCUUACGAUUCCUUGCGAUGAAGUUGCUUUCGAAAGCCUAACGUCGAUGCUUAGAUGAAGAUUAGUUUCUUACACAAAGCUUACUCACGGGGAGUUUACGAUCAUGAAGCUGCUUCACUGCUUCUGUGGCUUUUAUUUCUUUUGUAGUGUUUUUUUUCGAUUUUUUGGAUAUUAGAGUUAAGCUAACUGAAUCCCACAGGGAUCGUUCUUUGUAUAUGUCAAUAGAUUUCUCCUUUG